AUGUUAUAUCCCUCACAGAUGACACCCCUGUGUCGACAGCGGCUACUCUUCAAGGCCCUGCGUCCUACCGGUAAUACGCGCUUCGUUCCUAGCCUCGCCGAGACUCGACCGGUUUACCGGUACCGGUGCAUUGACAAAAAGCACUCAUCCUCAACGUGUAAGAAGCAGGCCCAAACUGCGCCGGAUGAGAAUCUACCGGCGCACAAAUUGUCGCCCCUUCAGCGGGAGUUCUGGACUUGCCGCUCCACGUGGCGACGGGCGAGAAUCAACACCCUACGAUGCCUGAUCGGAUGCUCCAUAGGCGACUUUUCGGCCCUGUGGAUGCUACAGACGUAUUUCCCGGAUCUGGGAAUGGGGACUAUCAUGGCUGCGUCGAUGGCCUCAGGCAUCACAACAUCCAUCAUACUGGAGACGGUCCUCCUUCGACGCGGCCUUGAUAGGCUUUCGUGGUCGAUGGCCGCUCGGACAGCAAUGGGGAUGAGCCUUGUCUCGAUGUUGGCGAUGGAGGCUGCGGAGAACCUGGUCGAUUACCAUCUUACUGGGGGCGUAGUCGCUCUCGAUGACCCUCGUUUCUGGAUGGCUGCUGUGGUCUCUGUUGGUGCUGGCUUUCUCGCGCCGCUCCCGUAUAAUUAUUGGCGGCUAAGAAAGUUUGGGAAGGCUUGUCAUUGA